AUGUACGGCUCCGCAUCUGGCGAGGGAUAUGCCACACGAGUCAUCUCUGAAGCCAUUCAGUUAGGCGGCAAGAAAGGCAUUUUUGUCCUUUCAUGCUACGUCAUUGGGUCAACGGAGCAUCUUGCGGACCUCCUUAACACCAGCAAUGAGCUUGGCGUUGUUGUGGACUCCGUAAAGGAGGGACCCCGUGUGCGAAUGGUGGAGCGACUGCGUGUGUCCUCAGCCGGAGAUGUUCGGGUGGCAAUGGACACGGUUGUGAAAAAUUAUGAAAAAUAUUUUGCAUCUGUACUGUGUGAAAAGCAGCCAACGCCCGAACUGGAAGCACUGCCCCCUUAUUUGCCAGACACAGUUGUCCUCCAGCUUUACCGCUAUGAGGAUGAGGCGGCCUUCACAGACCACAUGGACGCCAACUCCUUGACAUUUAUUGCCUUGGGAGAUGCUGAACGGCCUGUGCUUUGCGGCAUUGAUGCCUCAGCGCAGCAACAAUACGAAAAGGCUCAACGCACGCUGGUGUCGGCAACAGGUAUUGUGUCCAGUAUCCGCUGCAGUCGGCUGCGCAUUCCCUUCGGCAAGUCAAAACUAAGUCAGUUGCUUCGCCGAGCAUACAAUGCAGAAAAAGGCAAUCCUUACAACGACUUCAACGGUUCUACUGACACAGCUUUCUUGGUCCACGCCUUUUCAGACGCCAUGUGGGCGGAGGAGUCAUUUCAUUGCCUCUCCAUAACGCGUCGUAUCUGCAGCAUUCUUGGCUCUACGGGGCUCGGAUCCGCCACACGGGAUCUUGCCGUUGACAAGUGGCGUCUUGAUCAGGAUAUAAUGGAGCUGCGGGAUGAACUCAUGAUUGCCCGUACCGUGUACGACUACAGGCCUUGCAUCUACGAGUCCAACAAACCUAUUGCAAAUAUAAAAGAAGAGGAAAUGAGGCGCAUCAGUGCCAUUCAGAACAAACGUGAAGAGGCGCGAGAAAGGCAGUUGGCUUUGGUGCGCGAGCGCGCCAUGUGCAAGGCGGAAAAUAUGAUUAGGGAACUUGAACAGACGAGUGGGGUGACGUUGGGUGAACUUGAGAAGACACUCGAGGCCAAAAAGAGAGAGAAUAGUGUUCUGCAGGCCGAUCGCGAAAAACGCGUCCGGGACUACGAACAGACGUUGGAGAAGAUUCGAAAGAAGAAACACGAUGAGGAGAGCGCCUCGGAGCGGUUGAAGGAUGAAAUGCGGCAGUUGGAACAGGAACUUAAUAUGCGACAGAGUGCCAUUGAGAUGAAAAAGAAGCAACUAGAGCUGGUGCAGCUUGACAGGGCGAAGGGACGUGAGGCCGUCAUGCGGGAGCGGCAGUCGAUUCAGGCACUGCGAAAGACAGUGCUGGAGGAGCGACGUCGCCAGCGCAAACAGUGGAUUGACCAAAUUAAAGAAAUGAAUGCCAAGGUGCUGGAGCAGGUGCGCCUCUUGAGCGAGGAGCGGAGAAAAAAUUGUGAGCCGUCUACGGCCAAGGAAGACGCAGCGGAGAGGGCACUGAUGGCUGACAUCAAAACUAUCGAGGAUUACUUGCCGAAGCUGAUUUCACUUGAAGAUAUUCCUGUCAAUCCGGAGGAAACAGAUAUCAUUUGCCGCCAGUUUGACGAAGUCUUUUCGCAGGAAAAACAAGCGUAUUUGGCUAAAAUUGAGGAAGAGAAGGCCCGCAAGGAGAAGCUGGAACGCGGACUUGAGGUGUAUCGAGAGCGCAUGCUUGAUAACUACAUGGCGAAGGAGAAUGAAAAAAUCCAUGAUGCUGAGACAAAGGAACAACACCUUAGUUCGCUUGUGGAUCAAGUGCUUACCUACCUGCGUAAUGGCGUCCGCAUGACAAAAAUAUCAAGUAAGGGCCACGUUCGCAGGCGCUUCUAUUUUCUCUCGGAGGACUGCAGGCGGAUUCAUUCCUGUGAGCUGGACCAGCAAGGAUUUCCGAUAAAUCGGAAGCGGCCUCCUGUCACCGUAUGGAUACGAGACAUUAAAAAGGUCGUCAUCGGCUUGUACACAACUUCAUUUGUGAACUACAGCAGCGAGGCACAGCUGGCGAAAACACGACAAGAGGCAGUUUCUGAUAAUGGAACGUACCGCCACGACCUUACGCAAAUCAUCACGCCAGCCAACCUCGGACUGUGCAACUAUCGCGCAUUCGCACUGUCACUCCGUGGUGGAAAAUCCUUGGAGGUUGUGUGUGAGACGGACAGCGACAGCGAGGCUUGGCUCGUUGCCCUUAAGCGUUUACUGCAUUUCAGGACCCCUGUGGAAAAGAUUCUUGAGGACCGACGGGCCAUGUCAAGGGAUGUACGUCUGCAGCCGAGCGACAUGGACGUGGAAAUGCGAUGGGGUGGUUCACUUGACAUCCGCAAUAUGCGAGGGUUUGUUUCAUUAGCCCCUGAUGAGGCGACUCUCUGCAGCGAGAAUCAUAUCCCGCCAGCUCUCUUUCUUCGGGUCAAACAGGAACUGGCUGAAAAAUCUCAGAGGAGCACGAUAACCGUGUACGACGUCCGAGUUUGCUCGGGGCUGGACCUGUUCCGCUCCGGUCAACUUUACGACUACUUGUGCGCAAAGCGUGUCAUUCCGCUUCCCUAUUAG